AGCCAUGUUUUGGUUCAGGGCGGGAAACCCGGCCUGGGCCGCGUGAAACACUUCGGCCGGCGCCAUGCCGCCGAAGAAGCUUCCGAAGAAGUCCAAGAGGCAAACGACCACCGAGGAUCAGAAACCUGAUGCGGAGGGGGUUGAGCCACAGACCGACUCCGCGGAUGCGGAUGUGGUACUAAACAUAGCGGACACCGAGCGGCUGUCGGAGGACACCAAGGCCAGCUCUGGCGAGGAGAAGACGCCCAGCUCUGAGGAAACCCCGGCGCCAGAGCCGAAGUCGGACACGGCGUCAAAGCUGCGUGAGGUAGAUGAACUAUUCGCGAAGCCCGAGUUUGAUGCCAAGGAGGAUCUCGAGUGGGUCAAACGGAUCCUGCAGAGUGGCCUCUUCCACCUGCUGCGGGAGCCAGAUCUGGAUGAUGACGAGCAUUACGAGGAGAUCGCUAAGUGGCUCUAUGCCUACAAGAAGGUGGCGAACCACGUGGCCAAGAAAGGUCCCCUCCCGAACAUGCGCAACAACAUCGAGUGGCAGGACUUGUCCGACCGCGGCAAGGUUUUCGCCGUUGCAGAGGCGAAGGCUGUUGGAGAUGACGAAGACGAUGUCCAGGACCCGGUGGAUGUCGCCACAAACCGCAAGUCCUUCAUGCACGCGGUGGUCCUCUUCGAGUUCGAAGACUCCUUUACCGAGUCCAAAACAUACCCGAGGUUCCGGUCGCUGACGCACUUCGAGUGGGAGGCGGUGGCAAGGGCGCUGUGCUUCAUGUUUCACCAAAGCGUGGAGAACACCCUCGCCAGGAUCGCCACGUACCUCAUCUUUUUGCAGAAUGAGGCUCGGAUCUGCAUCGAGGAUGACGUGGAGCACGGGGAGUGGAUGAUCCGCCUGGGUGGACAAAUGCAGCAGGCUGCUGUGGUGAUGGUUGAGCUGCUCUCCGAUGGCUCACAAGAGGCGCUUUGGUGCUCGAACAAGGGCAUGGCAACUCUCCUGUACCUACAGCUGGCAGAUGCAAGGCUCUUCUUCGCCCGGCCCAAGCUGCAGCAGAUCAUGUUCGAUGUCUGGCGCGGCCUCCGCUCCGACGCAUCCUCCCGUGGCAUGUUUAAGAAGCUCUGGUGCUGGGUGUGGCUGGGCUGUGGAAGCGUGGUGAACUUGAUUGUGCUGCCAGCGUGGGCGGCGCUGCCCACCAUCGAACGAAGGAUGAGCCAGUACCAGCUGGCCAGGGCGAACGAAGCGCGUGCAGAGACGAUCCAAUGGAUCCAGGAGGCGCACGAUAAGGAGGGCUGCCAGCUGAAGGUCCUGGAGGAGAUCAACAAAACCAGCGACGAGCUCUUCAAGAAGGACCAGAUCAUCCGCAUUGGCAAGCAGCGGUACUGGUCCAAGGCAGCCUACAGGAAGGCGGUGGUGGAGAAGUGCCGGGAUGCAGUCUUCGGCGUGGAGCGCUGGAUCCCGUUGCUGAUCCCCCGGCACAAGCGGUACCUGGCCAUCCUCACGAAUCUGCUCUUCGCGGCCUACCUGGCCUGGGAGCCACCAGGGGAGGCUCAGACCUGGAACGUGUUACUCCUCAGUAGCGGCGCCUGGUGUACGGAAGUCAUCCAACUGCUGGGAGUGUCAAAUGUAAAAGACACGACGCUCCGACAGCUGUCUCCGGUCUUUUCCCCAGAGUUCAACUUUUGGUUCAUGGACCGUGUCAACAUCAUGGAGUUGAUCGCUUUCUCGUGCGUGGUCUGGAGCUGUCUUGUGGUGCUCUUUGAUGUGGAGCGGACAGAGUUCGCCCAACAGUUCAAGGCCGUGGGAGUGCUCUUCAUGGGCAUCUCUCAGACCAUGUCCAUGCUGCGCAUGAGCUCCAUCUUCGGGCCGCUGGUGUCCAUGACGAUGAACAUGGUCGUGGACAUGAUCCAGUGGGUGCUGCUGCUGAUUCCCAUCAUCGGCUGCCUCGUGGCCUCGCUGAUGACGCUUUACAAGUCGCGGCCGGGCUUUGAUGAGACGCUGGCUGAUCAGUGUCAGUCCUUUUCCGGCGUGAAUGGGAGCUAUAUGCACGGUGUGCUGCUUUUCAUGGAGAUCCAGAUCGGCCGGGAAGCGCCUCUGGAGUGCUUGUACAACUCCAAGCACGCGGUGGUGGGGCCCGUCAUUUUGAACUUCGGGCUUUGGGUCGUCCUGAUCCUCAUGCUGAACAUGCUCAUUGCCAUGAUGGCGAAGACCUUCGACCGCAUCUACGAGCGCUCGAUGAUCGACUUUCAGUACAACUUCAUCGCCGCAGUCCUCCAAACCGUGGAGGAGCCCGCGGUGCCCCCGGUCCUUCGCAUGCUGAGCGUGCCCUGGCGUAUCCUGGAGAUGGCCUUGUCAGCCUGCAAUGUGCACAUCUGCGGUGAGGUGGAAAGGGAACAGACCUGCGAGAAAGAUUACAAGUUCACCUCCACACAGCUGGAGAGCACUGGGAAUAUCCGCAACUCCAUGCUCGAGAACCUGCAUGGAGAGCAGAAGGCAGAGGCCGAUGCCGAGCAUAUGGCAGAGGACGGGUUUGCUGGCAUUGUGCCGCCCGAGUUGGAGGACAAGAAGCAGGCCCUGUCUUCCAAGGAGACACUUGAUACUUUGUACCAGGCCGUGGUGAAAUUUGUGGAGGAGCACAUCUCCGAUUCAGCCAUCCAGGAGGAGAUUUGGCGCAAGCAAUUCGCCAAGCAGUUGUUCGCAACCGACAACCGGGUGUGCUUUGGCUGA